AUGCGGCGAGCCGUGGCCCUGGAACGCCUGUUUCUGGUCUUGAGACUGCUGCAAACACGGUCGUCCCAAGGCGGCGGUUGGACCACGCUCAAGGACAACUUGCACUACCAGAGAGACGUAGAGGUCAAGGAGCGGCUGGACGACAUCAUUGAGCGGCGUCAGGCCGAGCUUCGAGAGUGGGAAAACAAGGAGAAAGAGUGGGAGCAAAAGGAGCAGGAGUGGCGAGACAAGGAGAAGGAACGUGAGUUGAAGGAGAAAGAACGAGCAGCUGUCUGCCAAAGGAGAGAGGGCCAGCUGCGGGAGGAGCUGGCCGCGGCCGAGUUAUCCCUGCAAGGUUUCCAGAAGGAGUUAGCGAACUGCCAGAACGAGCUGCAAACCAACCGCAUGAAGCUGCUGAGCCAACAGGAGGAGCUGAGCGCUGAGGUGGACACGCUCUCACAGACUCGUGGCGAGCUUUCUCAGACGCGGGAAGAGCUUUCUCAGACGCGGGAAGAGCUUUCGCAGGCUCGGGAAGAGCUGCAUCACACUCAGGAGACCUUGAAGGGUACCGAGCAGACCUUGAAGGGUACCGAGCAGACCUUGAAGGGGACACAAGAGACCUUGAAGGGUACCCAGGAGACGUUGAAGGGUACCAACGAGGCCCUGAAGGGUGUCCAGGAGAAUUUUGAGAAGACCAAGACGGAGUUGUGCGGGCUGAAAGAGCACUACAAGUUUCUGGACGAGGAGUGUGCUCGAGUGAAAAACACCCUCGCGCACAAAGUCAGAACCGAGACCUCCUUACGGAGCGAACUGGGACGUUUGAAGGAGAAGAACGCGGCGUUUCAGAUGGCGCAAAGCCGAGACCGGAAGCAAGACGGGAAGCAGGACCAGGGGCAAGAUCGCGGGCAAGUAUCUCGAGACCCGAGACAAGACCAAGAAGCGGACCAGGUUGCGUUGCAGAGAGGGUUCAAGGCUGAAUUGCACCGUUGCGUUCGAGAGAACUCGAAGGCAUUAUUGUCUUUGCGUGGGCGUAUGCUCGUUCUGCGGCGGACUUUGCGACUGAAGAACUUUUGCAUGUCUGUAUGGCUGCGGGCUCUGUACAAGAGCGACCGGAACCUGUUGGCCUCGCGGCUGCGUGUGCGCGAAGUGUGCGAAACACUCCGACACACACGUCAGACCUUGCUCACAACUCAGAUCCGCUUAGAACAGGCCACCCGUGAGUCCCAAGAUCUCAAAGCGGCUAUCUGGAGCAUCUGGUCCAACGAAACCAACGCUAAUGACCGUAAGAUGAAACGACUGAUGAAGGGUCUCAGCCGCAUCAUAGCCUCCAACUCAACCGGUCCACGCGCUGGUUCAACUCCAGGAGCUGUAUGCUCCUUUGCUGUCGGGCAAAAGUUUCAAAGCCACCACCUUCUGGAAGCCAUCCUCAAUAACUACAGACACCAAACAGUGGCCGUCACGACCUAG